UCUAUCGACAAUAUUAUAAAUAUUAACUUUUUUCAGUGUUUUCCCUAAAGAAAGAAAGAAAGAAUGAGCGAUUGGCUUGGGGGAGCUUUGGUCUCUGAGGUUCUGAAAGGUUUGAUCCAAGAGGCUAAGACGAUGAUAGACUUCAAACUAUUGUCUGAAGAUCUCGCAUCAACUAUGGAGAGAAUGAUUCCUCUUACGGAACAGAUCGAUACGAUCCAAGGUAAGGCAGACUUCUUUGAUUAUGGGGAUCUCAAGGUACUGAAGCAAACCAUCCAAAGAGCUAGGAAAGUGCUUGAUAAGUGUCAACGAGGAGGCGUCUGGUUUUACGAGAAACCUCUGGUCUCAAGAAAGAUUAAGGGAAUCAAUAAGGAUAUGGUCAAGUUCUGCCAGAUGGACCUGCAGCUUCAUCAGUACAGGAACCAGUUGGGAUUGUCCGUUGUGGUGGGGAACAUUGAUGAUAAGGUGGAGGGUUGGAGUAAGAGAAUGGACAGCUUGAGUGUUGCUCCUGUGCCAGCUUUUACGGAUCAUCUUUGUUCUGUUCCAAAGCUUGAUAAGCCUCCCGUUGGAUUGGAUUGGCCUUUGAUGGACCUUAAGAAGAGAUUCAUUGACAAUACUACUGCGGCUAGUCUCGUGGUGUCUGCUCCUCCGGGGUGCGGCAAGACCACUCUCGUUACCCACCUUUGCAACAAUGUAGAUGUCAAAAGGCAUUUCAAGCAUAUCUUGUUUAAUGUUGUGUCAAGUACUCCUAACUUUAGGACCAUAGUACAGAAUCUAAUCCAGUACAACGGUCACGCUCCGCAAACGUUUGAGAACGAUACUCAAGCAACCGUUGCCUUGAGAAAAGUGCUGGAGAAACUCACUGAAGACGGUGGUCCUAUAUUGUUGGUGUUGGAUGAUGUCUGGCAGGGAGCUGAUUCUUUCCUUGAGAAAUUUCGUAUUAGCGUACGGAAUUAUAAGGUUUUGGUGACUUCUAGGUCUGAGUUUCGGAGCUUUGGCCCCACUUAUAGUCUGAAACCUUUGGAAUAUGAAAAUGCCAGAGCCCUUCUCGUUCAAUGGGCAUCACGGCCUAUUCCUAACAACGCCUCUCCAGAUGAGUACGAAAAUCUUCUCAAAAAGAUAUUGAAACGUUGCAAUGGAUUCCCAAUCGUAAUUGAAGUAGUUGGCGUUUCACUUAAGGGAAAAUCUAUAAAUACAUGGAAAGGCCAAGUGGAGAGCUGGUCUGGAGGAAAAAAAACAAUUCUAGAUAGCCCUCGGCCUAGUGUGCUUCAAUGUCUGCAGCCUAGCUUCAAUGCCCUGGAUCCUGAUCUUAAGGAGUGUUUCAUGGACAUGGGCUCAUUUCUUGAGGACCAAAAGAUACGUGCUUCUGUAAUUAUUGACAUAUGGAUGGAACUAUACGGUAUUAGCAGCAGUGUCGUGUGCAUGAAGUACCUUGAAGACCUUGCCUCCCAGAAUCUACUUAAACUUGUUCCUCUCGGCAGAAAUGAGCAGGAAGAGGGUUUCUACAAUGAGUAUUUAGUCACUCAACAUGAUAUCCUUAGGGAGUUGGCUAUCCAUCAAAGCGGAUUAGAAACAUUCUUUGAAAGAAAAAGAUUGAAUUUGGAGAUAAGAGAGGAUCAAUUUCCAGACUGGUGUUGUUUGAAUCAAAUGGAGCCUAUUAUCAUCAAUGCCUCUCUCUUGUCUAUCACUACAGAUGAUUUGUUCUCAGCGAAUUGGAUUGAAAUGGAAUGUCCCAAUGUUGAGACUUUGAUUCUCAACAUCUCUUCACAAAACUUUGCAUUACCGAGCUUCAUUGCUGGAAUGAAGAAGCUAAAGGUUCUGAUAAUCACAAACCACGGUUCUUAUCCAGCGAGACUGACCAAAUUCUCUUGCCUCAGCUUAUUACCGAACCUGAAACGGAUCAGACUGGAGAAAGUUUCAGUAACGUUGCUGGACAUUCUCCACAUGCAGCUCGUCAGACUGAAGAAGUUGUCUUUGGUUAUGUGUAGCUUCGGUGAGGAUUUCUACGACAUUGAAGAUGAAACAGUAGAUGUCUCUAGAGCUCUUCCUAGUUUACAAGAGAUCGAUAUAGACUACUGCUACGAUCUUGAUGAGGUGCCGUAUUGGGUCUGUGAAGUUGUUUCGUUGAAGUCACUUAGCAUCACGAAUUGUAACAAGCUCUCUCUACUUCCUGAAGCUAUAGGCAACUUGAGUAGACUACAAGUGUUGAGGCUGAGUUCUUGUAUUAAUCUCUCUGCGCUGCCUGAAACCAUGGAGAGACUCGGGCAAUUGCAGUUUCUGGAUAUUUCUCAUUGCUUAGGACUGAGAAAGUUGCCUCUAGAGAUUGGGAAGCUGCAGAAGCUGAAGAAGAUGUCGAUGAGGAAAUGUUGGAGAUGCCAGCUGCCGGACUCAGUGAAGAAUCUAGAGGAUCUGGUGGUUAAAUGCGAUGAAGAAACUGGGUUGGUCUUGUGGGAAAGGUUGAAGCCGAAAAUGAGAAGCUUGAGAGUUCAUGUGGAGGAAAUAGAGCAUAACCUGAACUUACUUCAUAUGUUUUAAUGUUUGUAUGUGUCUUGUUAUUCAAGAUGGUCCCAAGGUAAAUAGAAGAAAUGUUGUAUGCUUCUGUUUCUAUUAAUAAAACUAUUUUCGUUAGUGUUUUUGGAGUUUUCAUCAGGUUUAUAAAUCUAAGUUUCACACUACAAUUUUCUUAGUUUCAAUUAUUUCAAUUUUCUUGUUGAAUU